AUGUGCGAGCUCUGGAAGAAGAAGGGCCUGAACCCGAAGAAGAUCGUCGGCAUCACCACGCUGGACUGCGUCCGCGCGGAGAAGUUCGUGCACGAGGUCACCGGGCAGCCCGUCGGUGGCAUCUCCAUCCCGGUCAUCGGGGGGCACGCGGGCACCACGAUCCUGCCGCUCUUCUCCCAGGACGCGGCGGGGGCGACCAUACCCGCGGACAAGGUCCCCGACCUGGACAAGAAGGUGCAGGACGCGGGCACCGUCGUGGUGGCCGCGAAGAACGGCAAGGGCAGCGCCACCCUCUCCAUGGCCUUCGCGGGUGCCCGCCUCGGCCGGGCCGUGCUGUCCGGCCUGGCCGGCACGCCCGUGACGGAGUGCGCCUACGUGGAGUCCACGAUCACGGACCUGCCGUACUUUGCUUCCAAGGUGACCUUCGGCAAGGACGGCGUGGAGACCGUGCACGACCUGGGGCCCCUGAGCGACUACGAGAAGGGGCGCCUGGAGGCGCUCAAGCCCGUGCUGAAGGAGGAGAUCGCAGCGGGGCUUGAGUACGCCGCAGCCAACGAGUUCGCCGCCUGA